GCCACGUCAGUGGAGCAUUCAAAGAUGCCACUACAAAAGGUGACCCAAAGGAAAGGUCGGGCGGUUUUGAACACGAAAAAGGCAGUUUUCAACAAGAGUCACGGCAGUUCUUAUCUCUCGCAGUCAUUUAUUCUGACCAAGCUGAAGAAGCGGUUGCGAACUGUGAUCGAGCAGAACAAGGUGCUGGCCUUUGUCCUCGCUGAAGCCAAAAACCAGAAUAGCAGGCUCAAGACUGCAGCAGUACGCCAAGGAAAGAUCGAGCGUCUCUUACUUCCACAGCUGAAAGUAUGGAUGGAGGAGAGCUUGAGUCACAUGCAAGAGAUCACCCGAGUCCACGGGCGAGCGAUUCUGUCUAUCCAUAACAUCCUCAUGUACGGCCAUGACGUCAGCCUGGCCCCUGAUUGCGGAGAUGUCUUCCAGGAGGCGCCGCCACCGAGACGGAGGUCCUUGCACCCCCCUGGCAGUCGCCUCACGGCAGAUCUGACUGUGGUUGAGGAAGACCACACCGGAGAGCAGGAGUCUUUCUCUCCCGGCCAACAGAACCUACCGGCACAGAACGAGGACAAGCUGCUGCUGCCCGAGAUCCUGGAAACUCCGAGCAACGACGACUGCCAGUCAUUCCUACACGCUCCGAGUCCAGGGCGGUCCGACGAGCAGGCUUCGCUGGCUCCUGGCCAGGAGGACAUGCGCCUGAGCACGUCGCCGUGCACCGAGGGAUCGAGCUUUCUGCUUUACGAACGUCUGGGUGAGAACAGCGCUGUACAGUUGCCCCUCCCCGUUCUGCCUACCUUAUGA